AUGAAGAACGACCACAACGACAAGAAGACCGAACACAGCAAAGACACUACCGUGGGAAUCCUAGAUUCCCGAUUCAACCAGACCCUCAGAAAUGUUCAAGGGUUACUCAAAGGUCGUAACAUUCCUGGUAAAAUAUUAUUGAGCCAGAGGGUUAGUUCUCCGGAUUACACAAGCUUAUCUUCACCUACUUAUAUAAGGAGCUCCUCAUACAGUGAUACUGGCACAAGUGACCACACAUCAGACAGAUUAGAGGAGGAAGUUCACAUUCACAGUAAAAGUAAAUCAUUUGGUACUCCCGAUGAGAAUAGGUUAAAAGUAUCAUCAUCCAAUGUAGAGAGCUCAUCUGAAGAAGUCCGGAAAACUUCAUUUGGUGCUAGAGCUACAGAUUCUGCUAGGGUUAUGAAGUUCACUAAGGUGCUCUCUGGGACAAUGGUUGUAUUAGAGAAAUUGCGUGAAUUAUCUUGGAGUGGUGUUCCAGAUUAUAUGCGUCCUACAGUGUGGAGACUUCUCUUGGGAUAUGCACCAACUAAUUCAGAUAGAAGGGAGGGAGUUUUGAGAAGAAAGCGCUUGGAGUAUCUUGACUCUGUUUCUCAGUAUUAUGAUAUUCCUGAUACAGAGCGCUCAGAUGAUGAGAUCAAUAUGCUUCGCCAGAUUGCUGUUGAUUGUCCAAGAACAGUACCUGAAGUUUCAUUCUUUCAGCAAGAGCAAGUUCAAAAAUCAUUGGAGCGUAUUCUUUACACAUGGGCCAUCCGGCAUCCUGCAAGUGGAUAUGUUCAGGGGAUAAAUGAUCUUGUUACGCCAUUUUUAGUUGUUUUCCUGUCAGAAUACUUAGAAGGGGCCAUAGAUAAUUGGUCAAUGUCUGAUUUAUCUUCAGAUGAAAUCUCUAAUGUAGAGGCCGACUGCUAUUGGUGUUUGUCAAAGUUGCUUGACGGUAUGCAAGACCACUAUACAUUUGCUCAACCAGGAAUUCAAAGGCUUGUUUUUAAGUUGAAGGAAUUGGUCAGAAGAAUUGACGAUCCUGUUUCAAGCCAUAUGGAGGAGCAGGGAUUGGAAUUUCUUCAAUUUGCUUUCCGCUGGUUCAACUGUCUUCUUAUUCGUGAGAUACCCUUCCAUUUGGUCACUCGUCUUUGGGACACAUAUCUAGCUGAAGGAGAUGCCUUACCAGACUUUCUUGUGUAUAUAUUUGCCAGUUUUCUUCUAACGUGGUCAGAAAACCUCCAGAAGCUUGAUUUCCAAGAGUUGGUAAUGUUCCUUCAACACCUUCCAACCAAGAACUGGACGCACCAGGAGCUCGAAAUGGUACUUUCUCGUGCAUUUAUGUGGCACAGCAUGUUCAACAACAGUCCGAGCCAUUUAGCUAACUGA